AUGCACAUUCAGCAAAAUAAGUACAUACUUGGAUAUGACAAGAUCAAACAAGAAUUCAUUGAACAUUUAUCUGCACCAGGCUACAAGACUUUGGAUAGAUGGCCAUUGGAUAGAAGACGAUUUAUUAAAACUCAUUUGCCAUUUUCUUUGCUGCCACCUAGUGUUAUGGAGAAUAAAUGCAAGAUCAUUUAUGUGAUGCGCAACCCCAAAGAUGUAGCGGUUUCUUAUUACCACUUGAAUCGCUUAUAUCGCACACAGGGUUAUUGCGGUGACUUUACGCGAUAUUGGAACUACUUUUCACGUGGUUUAAACCCGUGGCUGCCAUAUUAUAGCCAUAUUAAGGAAGCUUAUACCCAUCGGAACUUGCCUAAUAUUCUUGUUCUGAACUAUGAAGAAAUGGUGUCAAAUUUGAAUGGUGUCAUAUUGAAAGUGGCUGCCUUUUUAGAUAUUACAAUUAGCAAAGAGAGAUUGAAGGAUCUUAAGGAACAUUUGGAUAUUAAGAAUUUUCGCGAAAAUCCAGCAGUAAAUGGAAGUGAAAUGUCAGAUAUCGGAGUUUUGUUAAAAGGUGAAGCUGGGUUUGUACGUAAUGGUGGAAAUGGAAAGCGGGAAGAGUUAGUGAGUGAUGUAGAGUUAAAGAAAUGUGUAGAUGAGUGGAUUGAAAAAAAUAUAGUAAAGCCUACUGCAAAGGCAAUACUUAGCUUAUAGUUAAAGCGAUUCAUAUCAAAAAAACAAUUAUUUGUAUAAUACACUAGCUGAUACCUGUGGCUUCGGAUGCGUAUAAAAUAAAAUACAUUAAAUACAA